UACGUUUCUUUUGUUCUUCGCGGUUCUUCUUCUCCACCACUGUGCUGCUAUCUAUCCAUGGCAAAUUUCACCUCCUCUUCUCCUCCUCCUUCUCCAUCUCUACCACACAUUUCAGCUCCGUCAUCUUCUGCGCCUUUCGACGACAGUUCCGAGGACGCCUGCAGCAUAUGCCUAGAGCCCUUCAGCACUGAUGAUCCCGCCACCAUUACCAGUUGCAGACAUGAAUAUCAUCUACAUUGUAUUCUUGAAUGGUCACAGAGAAGCAAAGAGUGCCCAAUAUGUUGGCAGUUACUUGUCAUGAAAGACUCUGCCAGCCAAGAGCUUCUAACUGCUGUGGAGGCUGAAAGACGCUUAAGAUCAAGAGAUGUUUAUUCAUAUCCAUUCACUAAUUCUCGUAGCUCCCUUGAACGGCUUAAUGAUGACCAUGGUGAUUCUAGUUCAGAUUACUCUCACUUCGAUGAACAACUUAUGCAGCACCGAGUUGCUGCUGCAAAUAGAGCUCAUUAUGUCACCACGCGGGAAAGGCAGAGAUCUUCUGGAACAGGUUCAUCAGAAUUUAUUGCUUUUAACUCUUCUGUGCAUGCUUCUGGGAUGCAUUCGAUACUUACAACUUCACCAUCUGAGGGUAGUUCACCAAGUUCUGGUGUAGCAUCUGCUGCUGACUUCCAACCUCCACCAUCUGCUUUUUUCCCUGUUAACAUGGUUGCAGGAAAUAUUACUUCUGAGAGUGAUGCCCCUUUCAAACCCAGAGUUCUCUACGGCCUGCCACCACCUGAGAGUGCCAGGAGACUAAACACUUCUGAGAUGUUGUCCUUACCCGAGUCCAUCAAAUCCAAACUUUCUGCUGCUUCAGCGAGGUAUAAGGAAUCAAUCUCAAAAAGUACCCGCGGUCUUAAAGAGAAGUUAAUUGCUCGUAAUGCCUCAGUAAAAGAGCUGAGUAAAGGUGUUCAGCGUGAGAUGAAUGCAGGCAUCGCUGGUGUUACACGAAUGAUUGAACGCCUUGAUCUUACCUCAAAACGUUCCACAUCUCCUCUCAUCCCUGUCUCUACUCAUGGGGGGACUUCAAGCUUCCCUAUGGAAGGAAAGUUUGUCCAAGAGAAUGGUAUUGGGCAGUUUUUUACUGAAGAGAGUGGAGUUGUGGUUCGUGAUGUUAGUUCAGAAGCUCCUUCUCCCGUUUGUAGCUUGGUUGCUAAUGGAGUGGAAAUUCAUCCUUCCUGUGUUCAGAGUGGACAUGAUGCUGAGAAGACUAAGCACGGAUGGUCAAAUCCACCACGCAGGCAGUCUCAGUAAUCCAAGAGGCCUGCAGUGCAAGAGACGACUUGUUAACCAAUGUGUCUGUUGGUAUGCGUCCUGCAUUUGUUUUGGUCAAUAACUUGUAGGAAUUUUUUUUUUUUUUUUGGUGGAUGUAGGAAUUUUAAUUAUAUAUUAUAGACUUCUGUUGGUGCUUCGUAUUUAGUUCCUAGAAAUAUGGCAUUGUCAAAUUAGUAAUAUAGUGGAUCAAUUAUAGAAAACAUUUUCUAAUUCAUAUAUUAUA